CGAAGCAAGCUCGCGGUAAGGUCUUUGCCUUGUUUACAAACAAAAGACUGGUAUCAUUUUGUACCGUUAACUUGUAGGUAGAUCCCGAGACAGACUAUGCGUUUUCAAUUUACGAGAAGGGCUACCAUACCGAGCCUUUUAUACGUGCAAUUACCUUCAUCAGAUGACGUGCGGAAGCUGCUUUCUUUGAUUAGUUUGGGUCUUUUAUUUCUCCUUCAGCUGGCUACUUCUUAGCCGUUUUUAAACAGAAAUGGGAAAUCCAAGCGAUCAAAUAAUUCUCGCUACCGCCGGCUAUGACCAAACUAUUCGUUUCUGGCACGCACACACGGGUAUUUGCCACCGCACUGUCCAACAUCAAGAAUCGCAAGUCAAUCAUUUGGAAAUCACCCCUGACAGGAGUUUAUUAGCUGCUGCAGGUUACCAGCACAUCCGCAUGUAUGAUAUCAACUCAGGGGACACCACACCAAUCAUCAACUAUGAGGGAAUUCCUAAGAAUGUUACAUCGGUUGGGUUCCAGGAAGAAGGCAAAUGGAUGUUUACAGGUGGAGAGGACUGCACGGCUAGGAUAUGGGACCUCAGAGCACAUAACUUACAUUGUCAGAAGAUCUUUCAAGUCAAUGCCCCUGUAAACUGUGCUUGCCUACACCCAAACCAAGGAGAGUUAAUUGUUGGUGAUCAAAGUGGAACUGUGCACAUUUGGGAUUUACGGAGCUGCCACAACGAACAGCUGGUUCCAGAGCAGAAUUCCUCUAUCCAGUCGAUAGCCAUAGACCCUGAGGCUACUCAUAUGGCAGCAGUCAACAACAAAGGCAAUUGCUACGUCUGGAGGAUCACCCAAGGCCAGGGUGACAACGCCCUCUCACAGCUCCAUCCAAAGACAAAGAUCCCUGCUCACAAGAAGUAUGCCCUCAAAUGCAAGUUCAGUCCGGACUGCACGCUAUUAGCAACUACAUCAGGAGACAAGACGGUUAAGAUCUGGAGGACAGCAGACUUUUCUCUUCUGCAAACGUUAAGUGUUGACAUGCAGCAGUGGGUGUGGGACUGUGCAUUCUCAUCUGAUUCACAAUAUGUAGUCACAGCAUCAUCUGAUAGGACGGCUAGGUUAUGGAGUAUAGCAGAAGGAGAGGUCAAACGAGAGUUUAAUGGUCAUCAAAAGGCUAUUACAUCCCUAGCUUUCUGUGAUAACAUCACCCCCUAGAUUACCCACCACCCUACUGCAUUGUUAUCAUAGCAACAUAGGAGGAGAUGGGAUCGGCGAGAGUUCAGGAGUCAUCAAAGGACAGUAUCCAGAGCCUUCUGUUAUGACUUUACUUCAUAGGCUUUCACUCGGACAUUGUUGCCAUGGCAAAAUGGUUAGACGUAGUGAUGUGAUGACUGCUGACGUAUUUCCUCUGUGCCAUAUUAUUCCGGUGCUGAGGAUUCUUUGUAUAGAAGUUAAAUGAUGAAUGCGUAAGGAGUGUGGAUAAUGACGCUAUGAGAAUCAAAGAUCUCUGAACUAUUUGAAGAUCACAUAGACUGUAUAUGGACAACCCUGCAUUGUAUGGUGAAACUGUGUUGAUGUUUUUCAUCUACAACACAAGUGAAAUUGCUUUUUGUUAAAAUGAAAAUGAAGAAAAACUUAUUAAUCUGUCUUUAUCUUGGAUUGUACAGAUUAUUACUGCACUACAUUUACUAUACACAAUAAAGUCAAGAUUAUACAUGAUGACAUGGCCUCUGAAUUCCGGUUUAACUUAGGCCUUGGUCUAAUUUUGUGCUAAAAUUAUGGGAAGCCAGACACUUCAAGAUUACUUUUACAUUAUAUGUUUCUUACCUUGACAUGGUUCUUUCCACAUGUUUUUAUGAUGAAGAGAACUGUUUCAGUAUAUCAUUCCCAGCCAGUUAUGAAAAAUAUUAAUGUCAAAUAUGCUGAUCAAUUGAACUUGUAGUGUUAGAGAUACCCGUCACAAUUGGCUAUCCAUAGUUAAACUACAACUUCAGACCAAAGUUAAGGAUAUAAGCCCAUGUGACUAAGGUUAGUAAUUCACUAAUUUGAAAGAGCAAUUCUGAUUGGUUCCUAGUCAGUGUACUGAGAAAAAUUUGCAUGCAAUAAUGAUCUUGAUAGGCCAUUUCCAGCGAUUAAUCGCUAACCUUUGUGUUACGAGGCCCUGAUGUGGUGACGAAGUACACAGGUUAUAAUGAACACACAAUUAUCAGCAAGUAAGUCUGUCAGAGUCAAAUCUCAUGGAACCUCAGAAAUCUGAUCAACUUUGAAGAGGUAAAUUACACAUUUUGCAGUCUAGACUGAUCGCAUAAGUGAUAGUGAUUUUCUGAUAGUCGAAUAAUCACUGA